GAUAUAGAGUAAGAUACAGACCUUUUUGCUGCAGGUCCGAUUUAGUCCUACGUGCUUGUUUAGCAAAUUGUGGAAAGGAUAUGUCCUUCUAUUUAGGUGGACGCGAUUCAUAUGAAAGUUGUAUGGACAUAUGUUAUAAUGGUGGAAUAUUUCAGAAAUCAAGCAGCGGACAGGGAAAUUGUAAAUGCGAUUUUUUACACGAAGGUUACUGUUGUGAAGGAGAAAAGCCUCGCUUAGAACAACCCAGUGGCAGAAGAAGCUGUGAUGACAUAUGCACGUGGUCUUCAUGGGAAGAAUGGAGCACGUGCUCUGUGUCUUGUGGUGGUGGUGGACAUCAACAACGUGAAAGGCAUUUAUGUUGUCUUGAGGAAUACGGCGACUUUCAAAACUGUGCAGAAAGAUGUAACAAAGACACUAAGGACCAGGUUGAGGAUCGAACCUGUGGAGGUAAUUGUUUAUAUGGUGGAACAAUGAAGAAAGGCGAUUACGGUUGUCAAUGUUUGGACAGGACAUUUGGACAUUGCUGUGAAGAACUAUUAUCAGGUUGCACACCCUUUCCAACUGACGUUAUAUUUGUGUUAGAUUCGUCAACAAGUCAAUCGAAAGACGAGUUUCGUCAACAGCUCGAUUUUGUAUUAAAUUUCAUUGAUCAAGUUAACAUUAGCAAAGAAGAAUUUCAAAUCGCGAUAGUAACAUUUUCAUUCGAGGCGAAAAUAGAAAUUAAUUUUAAUCAAUCUACAAAUAAAAACAAUCUUCGAGAUGCAAUAACUAAAAUUUCAUUCAGACCGGGUGCUACCUUUACAAACAAAGGGCUAAAUGCAGCAUUAAACGUUGCAAGACAAAGUGAAAGACGAAAAGGGAUGGUGACACUCACGUAUGCAUUUGUUCUGACCGAUGGAAUGUCAACUAAACGACAGGAUACACGUUUAGCAGCAAAGGCAUUGAGGGACCAUAAUGUUCACGUUGUUGCAAUAGGGAUAGGAAAGGAGGUGUCACACAAAGAACUGAUAGAUAUUGCAUCACCUGGAGACCAACAUAGCCCGUCUUACGUUUUUUCUGUCGGCGACUUUAAUGCACUGAAUACCUUACUGAAACAGCUCGUCGAUAUUACCUGUGAUGACUGCAGUGCAGUUAGCCAUUUUUCAAAUGUCCUGUUUCUUCUGGAUGAAAGUCAUGACAUGUCUGAAAAUGAGUUUGAAAUAUCAGUAGAUAUACUAACAUCAAUUGUGACAAAUACUGAUCAUGUAGGUGAAAAUAAUGGUCCGGCUUUUGGAUUGUUUCAAUUUGGCGAUGCAUUAAAGAAUGUGAUAAAACUAUCGAAUCACCAGUCACAAAGUGGACUGACUCUGAAUCUAAGAGUCUUACGCCGGACGAGAAGUGAUGCUUGUAGUAAAGAUGAACAAUGCAAUGAAAUGAACAUGACAAAUGCGAUAGGUCAAAUCGUUAAAAACUCCUACAACAUCUCCGGAAGAGAUAAUGCUAGAAACUUCCUCAUUGUUCUAUCUAAUGGUCACUUUGAAAAGCCAAGUAUGAUCAAAAACGAAAUAGCAAAUAUCAAGGAAUUAGCUGAUGUUAAGGUUUUUGUGGUUGGAAUAGGAUCUGAUAUCCAUAUGGAUGGAUUGUUAGCCCUGACUAAAGAAGCAAGUCAUGUUUUUGUAACUGAGGACAAUCGUGAUCACUCAAAUUUAAUUGUAAUGCAAUCAGAAUUUAAGUACAACAUUUGCUUAAAGCAUUGAGAAUACUGGUGAAUUCCAUUUAACAUUUUUGUGUCUUUUGUUUUUGUAUAUUGUUAAGUUUUGCUCUGUAGUUUGACCUUUGACAAUAUGUUAUUUACUACGAUAAAAAGAUUGUUCUCUUACGCGAUAUUAAAUAAUAAGCUAUGUUACCUGACAUUGAUAUUGUCUUGCAUCCUUUUAUUUGUUAAAGUAUGGUUCUUAUGAGUACACAAAUGUUUAUAUUUAACCCUCUCCUUAUCUUGAUUGGUUUUAUUCUAAAGUAUAUUAGAUAAGCGGUAUUACAUGUCGUUAUCAUUAGGAUUGGUUUAAUUUUAUCAAGUUUAAUCAGCAUGCCUUCCUCUUUUUAUUUUGAUCCGUUUCAUUUUAUCAAAUUUAGGCGGCAUUGUUGUCUUUUUUAUUUUUGGUAAGUUCAAUUGUAUCAAGUUUAAGCGACAUUGCAUCCUCUUUUUAGUUUGAUUUGUUUAAUGCGGUUGUUUGGUAUAUUUUUAUCACAUUUUAUGUUAGAUGUAUUUUACAACAUUCUCGUUUAUGAUGUUUUAUUUUCAUGUUUUUUUCCUGCUUUUCUUCUGACGUUUCAAUAAUUAUAUGCAGGCCGCGUUUAAUAUUUAUUAAUAAUAACAUUAUUAUAGGUUCUUUUCAAAUAAAGUCGAAAAAUACGUUGCUAUUUUUUUUUAAAAAGUUAUGUCGGUCGAAUAUUAAACAAACUACAACUAUUAAAAGUAUGCCCUAAACUUCAUAAUGAUUGUCCAUUUGGGAAAGUUAUAGAAUUAAUUUCAGCAAUAACAGGGAAAUUUCUUUUGUAUAUUGAACAU